AUAAACCCUUCCUCUUCUUUCUUCAAUGGCCAUUGUUCAAGGUCGCCGCAAGCUUAAUCUCAAGCUUCCAUUACCAGAAACCCUAGAUCGCCGCCCCAAAUUCCAUCCAAUUCCAAUUCCAAAUCCAAUUACGUCCGACUUCGAAAAACUCCAAGUCCUCGGCCACGGCAACGGCGGAACCGUCUACAAAGUUCGUCACAAAAGAACAUCCGCCAUCCACGCACUCAAAUUCGUCAACGGAGAUUCCGAUCCGAUUAUCCGCCGUCAGAUCUUCCGUGAAAAAGAGAUCCUCCGUCGAAUUGAUUCCCCUUUCAUAGUCAAAUGCCACGACGUAUUCGAAAACGGCGGCGGUGAUAUCGCGAUCUUGAUGGAGUAUAUGGACGGAGGUAAUCUAGAAAAUAAACUUCGUAUCUCAGGGAAUUUUUCUGAGUCGGAUUUAUCAACUGUUGCGCGGGAAGUACUUAACGGAUUGAGUUAUUUACAUGCGCAUAAGAUUAUUCAUCGGGAUAUUAAACCGGCGAAUUUACUUUUGAAUAAGAAAAUGGAAGUUAAGAUUGCUGAUUUUGGAGUUAGUAAGAUGAUGUUUCGAACGUUGGAUUCUUGUAAUUCUUACGUUGGUACGAGUGCUUAUAUGAGUCCUGAAAGGUUUGAUCAGGAUACUUAUGGUUCGGUUUAUAAUGGAUAUGCUGCUGAUAUUUGGAGUUUAGGGUUAACUUUGAUGGAACUUUAUAUGGGUCAUUUUCCGUUUUUACCUAAGGGUCAGAGACCUGAUUGGGCUACUUUGAUGUGUGCUAUAUGCUUUGGUGAACCGCCGAGUUUGCCGGAGAGUUCGUCGGAGGAGUUUAGGAGUUUUAUUGGAUGUUGUUUGCAGAAACAGUCGGAUAAGAGGUCUACGGCGGAUGAGCUUCUGAAACAUCCGUUUGUUUUGGGUCUUUCGACUUCCAUUAGGGGUGGGGUUUAAACGAGUCGAGUCGAGAUUUGAGCUCGAAUCUCGACUCGAACUUGGUUUACUCGAGUUUGAGUAGCUCGAGUUUGUAAUAGUGUCGAGUUCGGUGCCCUCCAAGUUUUGUACAUAGGAAAUGGGGAGCUCUUAAUUUUUUUAUUUUUAGUUUUUAUUUGUACGAUCUAAAUUGUCGCAAAGAUGAUUUCUAAUAAUACAAAUAAUAUUCGUACAAUUUUUU